AUGCAUUUCAUCGUGACAACCGACGCCAAGAAGGCCGACCCAGAGACACAGAAGUUCAUCAGGCGUCAAGUCAUGAUGGGCAAGAACCGGGGCAAUUCUCAUCGAGCCAAAAAGCGAAGAGCGACCACUUGGGCUAUCUCGGGAGAAUCUCGUACGGUUGCUCGCAAACGAGGUCCACCAGUACCAUCGGAAGCGAUGACCGAAGCUUAUGGGUACAACUCAGCUCUUCCCCGAAGAGUCGGAUCGGAUCUAUCGUUCGUCAAGCUUGCCACGGAAAUGGAUUCGGCCGCGUUUGGGAACGUGAUUAGGUUCUUAGACGUGAGAAACAGAGCAUCUUACCCUCUGGUCCUGGUGACCGGACUCUGCAAGAAGGGGGCGGCAUGGUUUAACCCGCUGGAGUUCGAUGCUGCCUGCCUUCACGUCAUCAUGUUCGCCGCCGAGGUCUUCAGGGACAAGUUGUCAGGUCGCAGUCCACAAUCUCUUGCCACCAGCCAGGAGGCAACUGUGCAUUUCUUGAAAGGAGUUCAGAUCUUGCGCGAAAGGCUUUCCACGGGAGACGAGAACACCCACUCGUCAGAUUCUACGAUAGCUGCGGUCUUGACAUUAGCCAUGACUGCAUUAUUGAUGGGUGAAGAUGAGACCUUCAAGCACCACAUGAACGGCGUCCGCAAGAUGGUCGACCUAAGAGGAGGCAUUGCUGCCUUCAAAGGGAACAAGCUUCUCUCAGAAAUGUUCAGGUAA